UUCAGACCUGCUCCCAGAGAAGGCAGAAACACCUCAAAGCCUGCAUGUAAGAACAUCUACUGAGAAAUUAUUUUUAAGCAGACACCAGCUGAGUGGGGGGAAGAGAAAGAACCGAGAAGCAAAAACAAAACUCCCUUGAUCUUGGAUGUAAGAGAACCCAGCAGCGAUGAACUGGCCCUUCUUCGGAGCAGCUGUGGUGCUGUUCAUUUUCCUGGUGGUGCUGGAAGUUAACAGUGAAUUUAGAAUCCAGGUCAGAGAUUAUAACACUAAAAAUGGCACCAUCAAGUGGCUUUCCACUAGGAGGCAAAAGCGUGAGUGGAUUAAGUUUGCUGCAGCCUGCCGUGAAGGUGAGGACAACUCAAAGAGGAACCCGAUCGCCAAAAUUCACUCAGAUUGUGCUGCAAACCAGCAAGUUACAUACCGCAUCUCUGGAGUAGGAAUUGAUCAACCACCUUAUGGAAUCUUUGUUAUUAAUCAAAAAACUGGUGAAAUUAAUAUAACAUCCAUAGUUGAUCGAGAGGUCACCCCUUUUUUCAUUAUCUAUUGUCGGGCUCUGAAUUCACUGGGCCAAGAUUUAGAGAAACCUCUUGAGCUUAGAGUCAGGGUUUUGGAUAUAAAUGACAACCCUCCAGUAUUUUCUAUGUCUACUUUUGUCGGAGAAAUAGAAGAAAAUUCUAACGCAAAUACACUGGUGAUGGUACUCAAUGCUACUGAUGCAGAUGAACCAAAUAAUUUGAACUCAAAAAUAGCCUUCAAGAUCAUAAGACAAGAACCUUCAGAUUCACCAAUGUUUAUCAUCAACAGAUAUACUGGAGAAAUUCGAACAAUGAAUAAUUUUCUAGACAGAGAGCAAUAUGGCCAGUACUCUCUAGCUGUAAGAGGCUCAGACCGAGAUGGUGGGGCAGAUGGUAUGUCAGCAGAGUGUGAAUGCAACAUUAAAAUCCUCGAUGUCAAUGAUAAUAUACCAUACAUGGAACAGCCAACAUAUUCCAUAAGCAUUGAAGAAAACACUCUGAAUUCAAAUUUGCUCGAGAUUAGAGUAAUAGACUUGGAUGAGGAGUUCUCAGCUAACUGGAUGGCAGUCAUUUUCUUCAUCUCUGGAAAUGAGGGGAAUUGGUUUGAAAUAGAAAUGAAUGAAAGAACAAAUGUGGGAAUUUUAAAGGUUGUUAAGCCCCUAGAUUUUGAAGCUAUGAAUAAUCUGCAACUUAGUCUUGGUGUUAGAAAUAAAGCUGAAUUUCAUCAAUCAAUUAUGUCUCAAUAUAAACUCACAGCAACCGCAGUCUCUGUGACCGUGUUAAACAUAAUUGAAGGCUCAGUGUUCCGUCCAGGUUCAAAGACAUUUGUAGUAAAUAGUAAUAUGGGACAAAACUAUAAAAUAGGAGACUAUGUAGCUUUGGAUCUCGACACAGGUCGGCCUUCAACAACUGUUAGAUACGUAAUGGGAAGAAAUCCAGCUGACCUGAUCGCUAUUGACUCAAGAACAGCCGUAAUUACUUUGAGAAAUAAAGUUACUAUGGAACAAUACAAAAUACUUCAGGGAAAAUACCAAGGAACAAUUCUAUCUAUAGAUGAUGCUCUUCAAAAAACUUGUACUGGUACAAUUAUUAUCGACCUUGAAAAUGGUGGCUGGGAAACUGAUCAUCCAAAUUUGAAUGGAAGUACCACCAGUGAAAAUGGCCCUACUUCUGGCGAUGUUACCACUAAAGGCUACUUAACUGGUGUUGGUAUUGGCACAAAUACUUUAGCUGUUGGCACAAAUGAUUACAAUGUAGAUCAACCUAGUAUUUAUCAGCCAGGAGGAGAUAAUGUACAUUUUGGUCCUGCUGGCAUUGGACUACUCAUCAUGGGAUUCUUGGUCCUAGGAUUGGUCCCGUUCUUGCUGAUCUGCUGUGACUGUGGAGGCGCCCCCAGCGGCAGGGCUGGCUUCGAGCCUGUUCCUGAAUGUUCCGACGGAGCAAUUCACUCGUGGGCAGUGGAAGGUGCACAGGCCGAUCCUGGGGCUCUGACCAAUACCGGUGUACCAUGCAUACCAGCCACUAAUGCAAAUGUAAUUGAGUAUGCUGACAACUCAGGAGUUUACACAAAUGAGUAUGGUGGCAGAGAAAUGCAAGAUCUGGGAGGAGGAGAAAGAACAACAGGAUUUGAACUAACAGAAGGAGUUAAAAUGUCAGGAGGACCUGAGAUAUGUCAAGAAUAUCCUGGAACACUAAGAAGAAAUUCUAUGAGGGAAUGUAGAGAAGGAGGGCUGAAUAUGAACUUCAUGGAAAGUUACUUCUGCCAGAAAGCAUAUGCUUAUGCGGAUGAAGACGAAGGACGCCCAUCCAAUGACUGUCUGCUCAUCUAUGAUAUUGAAGGUGCAGGCUCCCCUGCGGGCUCUGUAGGCUGUUGUAGCUUCAUUGGAGAAGACUUGGAUGACAGCUUCUUGGAUACACUGGGGCCGAAGUUUAAGAAGUUGGCGGACAUCAGCUUGGGAAAAGACGUUGAACCAUUUCCAGACUCUGAUCCGUCUUGGCCACCCGACAGCACUGAGCCGGUCUGCCCUCCGCAGGGAACAGAGCCCAUUGGUAGUGGACACCCACCCAUCUCCCCACGUUUCGGCACCACCACCGUCAUCUCUGAGAACACCUACCCCUCGGGACCUGGGGUACAGCAUCCGACGCCGAUUCCUGAUCCUCUGGGCUAUGGUAAUGUCACCGUGACGGAGUCUUACACCUCCUCGGGCACUCUGAAGCCCUCUGUCCACAUUCACGAUAACCGGCACGCAUCAAACGUGGUGGUGACGGAGCGGGUAGUCGGUCCAAUCUCUGGUGCCGACUUGCAGGGGAUGUUAGAGAUGCCUGACUUGAGAGACGGGUCAAACGUGAUAGUGACAGAAAGGGUCAUAGCACCAAGUUCAAGUCUGCCCACCACUCUGACCAUCCCUGACCCUAGGCAGUCUUCGAAUGUAGUAGUGACGGAAAGAGUGAUCCAGCCAACUUCCGGCAUAGUGGGCAAUCUGAGCAUGCACCCUGAGUUAUCAAACACCCACAACGUGAUUGUGACAGAGAGGGUAGUUUCCGGCUCCGGCAUCACGGGCAGCAGCGGCCUGCUGGGCAGUGCGGGUGGAGGAGGUGGUGGCGGCAUCGGGCUGGGCAGCCUAGGAGGUGGCGGGGGCCUGAGCAGCAGCUUAGGGGGAACAGCCACCAUCGGCCACUUGAGGGGUUCCUCUGAGCAUCACUUUAGCAACACCCUCGGUUCCGCAUCCCCUACCACAACCCGGAGUCGAAUCACAAAGUACAGUACAGUUCAAUAUACCAAGUAGCCAGGGACCCCAGCGUGCUUUUUUCACCAUCAUUGUGAUUUAGGUUCAAUUCCCAUCAGCACAAUACUAACAGUGUGAUUUAGGAUGCACAACCACGUGCUAAGAAAAUUGUGGCAUACGGUGAGACACCACAGUGAGAAAAAUCGAUGGAAACAGUGCCGUUGGGCAAGAGCUCUCCUGAGCCUUUGUAACUUUUUUUUUUUUUUUGUAUAUUAAUACUAAGGCAAUCAUGACCAUGAACUAAAACUUGAGACAGGGGCUUCUUUGUGCCUGUAGGGUCUUCUGUGCUUUUGUGUGGCCUCUAGUGUAUCUCCAGCGCGUGGAAGGAAACACUGACCUUAGAAGGCAAUUGUCAUCAUUCUCCUUGCUUGGUUUUGAAAUUUCAUAUAGCUCAGGCAAUAUUUCUAAAAAACUAAACAUGCAAUAUACACUCAAGUAUGUGCCCCAAAUGCCUGGUCUGGCCAGUGUCACAGAGGAUAUAAAUAAAAGCCCAACCACAUAUUUAGACUGGGGUUAACCAUUAAAGAGGGCUUCCCUCACAGCUCAGUGGGGGAAGAAUCUGCCUGCAAUGCAGGAGACCUGGGUUCGAUCCUGGGUCAGGAAGAUCCCCGGAGAAGGGAAUGGCAACCCACUCCAGUAUUCUUGCCUGGAAAAAUCCCAUGGACAGAGGAGACUGGGUGCACUACAGCCCAUGGGGUCACAAAAAAUCUGAUACAACUGAGCUACUAACACUUUCACUUUCAGUUUAGCCAUUAAAGAAUAAAAUCCUGGCUACACAUCCAAGUCCACAAGCGACCAACCACUCCUACCUUAAUAAGGGCACUAUAUGAAACAAACCUCAAAUUAGGAAAUGUUUCCUGGGAGGGAAAUUCCCUAAGAGAGCGGCAGCCGAGUGAGACUGACUAGGCGCUGAACUGGCGCUGUGUGAGCCUGGAUCCCGCGCUGGAGCUUCAGCUACAAUUCCUAUGGAGUCAAGGACUUCUCUAAUUCUAGUUUGUGUUUAGUGGUAGAUGCAAUAGUGAUGAAUAUCGUAUUCUGGUGAGGUUGCAUGGCAUCACACUCAUUUCUCCCUUUACUGCUGUGACUCUGACCUGAUAAAGGAGAACCUACCAGGUGUUGUUCUCAGACUGAAGCAGUAACGCUUGACACGGUUGUCAUCACUAGUGGUAAAUCAUCUUCCAAAGAAGCAGAUGGGAACUGCGUUGCAUUUUCAGACAGUGUUUUUAGUGUUAUUCCUUUAUAUUUCCAGCUCUUUAUUACACAUUUUCUACGUUAAAAUAAAGGAUUUGGGAGGAGCUGUGAGAAAAAGCCUGCAGUAUAGUUAUGCUUUGGGGAGGUUAUUUGAAGGGGAUCUAAAAAAAUUGUUUUUAGAAAAUGUAAAAUGUUUAAUGGGGGGAGCUAGAAUGUUUCAGUAAAUUAAUACCAUACUACUGGUUUUAACUGAGUUUCGUACUUUUUAAAACAACCCUCUGCUGCUAUUUUGAAGAGAUCAACUAGGAACUUUUAACAGAGUUGAUGAUAUUGUGUUAACAUGAGUGAAGUUGUACUAGACAAACCAUUUUCUUACUUUAUUCCACCCUCAAACUGAAUUUUCUCACUAGCCUAAAUUUUACAUUCCUGAUUUGUCAUAAGCUCUUGGAUUAUCUAUGCUCCAAUUUAUAAAUAGUUUCCAAAUUAUAUAUUAUGAUAUAUUUUUAUAACUUCAAAAUUUUAGUAAUGUGCUAUUUAUGAUAAGUCAUUUCUGUGAAUUUGCUAUAUAGUGUUACCUGGUUAAAAAUCUCUGAAUAGAAUCAAAGCAUUCUUAGAGGUAAAUUUACUAUUGUAUGGUAGAGGCAUUUUUUUCUCUUUUCUAAAUUCAAUGUUAAUAUGUGCUCACUAAUGUGAAACUAGAUAUGACAAAAAUCUUUUAAGGAUUAGUCUGCCCCAAUUACUCAAUUUUCCAGAGUGUUAUAAGAUCAAAGAAUAGUUACUGGACUUUGAACACUUGUCAAAGGGGGAUUGUGAGUGAAUUAUUUUACCCAGAGCUAUUUUGCUCUAUGUUACAGCAAAUGGUAUCAAUAUUUUCAAAUCCACAAUAUACAUCUUAUAUUGACUCUGUAGACUAUGUAAAAUUUUGAUAGUCUUUAGCAUGCCAAAAUGCAGAGGUGUAAAUAAAAUCAUUCACAGGGAGUCUUUCUUUUAUUUCUCUCAUUUUAGAGGUUCCAUUAAUAAUGGGUAAUCUUUCCAGAAAUAAAGCAUACUUGAGACGCCCGGAUCCAGGAGUUUGAAGAAAUAAAAAUAAUUAUUAAUUAAUUGCUAGUAUUUGUCACUUUGAUAUGACAUAUCAUACAGAAGUGUUUUCUUAAGACUCCUGAUAUCUUCCAGAGGCAUUUUUUAGAUAAUCUAACAAAUGCCAGAGUGACUAUCCUUAAUAACUUUUGUUAUUAAGAUCCACUAGUUACAUAAAAUCAUGGGAGAUACAAAAAAAAAAUGGCAGUAUUAGUCAUCAAUCUUCCUAGGAAGAUAGUUUCAAAAUGAAUUUUUUUUUCAGGAUUACACAUUGAUGUUCUAAUUCUUUAUCCCUAAAUUUUAAAAUUACCUUUUUAAGACAGCAACCAUUCUAAGUCAUUUAAAGGCAUGUAAUUUUUUUUUAAAUGAUCAGCCUUUAGGAAGAAUUUAAUCCUUCUCUUUAGAUGCUUUACUCUAAUUCAUAUACCUUGUACCAUUCCAUAGAUGUAAAGAUAUGAAAAUAUCUUUAUAAGUGAAUAGUUAUAUUUCAAACCCAUAUUGCAAGCUGAGUCUCAGAUCAGCUGGCUCCUAACAAAAGAGAAGGAAUAAAGAGUUAUUUAUAUGUUAUGUAUAUAUAGUUUGAAAAUAAAGUGUUUAAUAUUUACAAAACAUCCUACUCUCCAAAGAUGUAGUCCUCAGGGACAAAAAUUAGUGUACUACAAAUACUUUAAUAUCAAUCAAAAUACCAUUUUGAGCUAAUUUUGACAUUGAAUUUCAAAUAUAUCUGCUAGGUAGUAUUAGCUUGCCUGAUGUAACAAUAUUUGCACUGAAAAAUUUACAGAAAAAGUAUCUAUUUGGGGUUAUUUAUAGGCCUUCAUCUGGACAUCUGCUCUACAUUUUUGUAUAAAGUUUUUAGCCUCAUAAUCUUUAUUCAAUGUACUAUUCUGACACAAUUUUAAUUAUAUAGCUUCAAAAAUUACAUAUUCACUCUGGAUGUUUCCAGUUGCUACAUACACAAUUCAUUUCUAAUUUUAUACCAAUAUUUGAAUGUCAGUCAGGGUAUAACAUACAUGACAGCCUUUGACUUUAGCAGGAUUUAAAGGUGUUGUAAUCUUGGCUAAAACGGCCCUCACUUUUUCAGGAAAACGUAUGAAACCCAGAACAAACUUUUGAAGGUAUUGCCACAUUUCCUCAUGCCUAUUUAAUCAAUUCUAACUUCUGAGGGACUCCUGGUGUUUGCAAGACUUAUUCCACAUUGUAUUAGAAUCCACAGGUCCAUGAAAGAGAAUUUGUCUUCCAGUUCUAAGUUAUUCAAAUCAUGUUAGGAUGAAAGCAUAAGCAGAUCAAUAUGUUCUCCAUCAAAUAAUUUUAAAACAAUGAAUAAGCUAUUGUUUAGUUGUCUAUAUUCCUCCAUUUUGUUAUAUUUGAAUUACUAAACACUUUAUCAUCAAGCUGUACUUAGUCUAACUUAUUUUUCUUUUGCUAUUUUACAACUAGUUUUAAACUCUAAUAUUCAUCUUGGGCGAUGUUUACAACAAGGUGCUUUUCUUCCAUUUUCAGUAUAAAUAUUUGGGGAUUAUUUGGGUCCUAAUUCCUUGCAUGGUCAUCUGUUGGCUAUUUUAGGUUGGUUUGUAAUUUCUAAAGAGUUAUGUUUACAGCAAUAAAAUGAUUCAUAUGCCUUCA